AUUCAACUGCCAAGAAACGUUCCGGCCGAGCAGUUGUCGCAGGCGAUAGCAUGGGAGAUAAAGGGAAUCGUGGAGGCGGAGCCAAUGUCUACAUCUCCUGUCUACGCGGCUAAUAGACUCGAAAAUCUCCACAUAAACGACAACAGAGAAUGGCAAAAUACGAAGAUGAUACAACAAAGUUCCAAGCUCUAA